AUGUUACAGGCUUUGCUCGGCUAUUAUCAGUGGGCACCAAUCGUUCUCGCAACUCAAGCCCUUUUCUUCUACCUGCCGUGUCUCGUCUGGAGGUUGGGGAUGUCGCGUUCCGGCUUCAAUGUGCAUCGCAUUCUUCAAAUGGCCGCCGAUGCUAACGAACUUCUCCCUGAAGUGACCACUAAGGCAGUGCACAUUAUGGCACGCUACCUGGAGGCUUGCAUUCACAGAAAAAAAAGAUACAACACAUAA